GAUUUCUUCAUUUUUCAACAAAAGGGGGAAGUGGGAACGAACGAACCAACCAUCCAAAAACCCUAAUUUUGCUUCUCUCCUUUCUCCAAAAUUUUUAUUAACUUCAAAUCCCUUUUUCGAUUUCUCCGUCCUUAACAACAUGGCGUCUCGAAACUGUCGGUGGGAGCUCUUCUUCGCAGCUUCGUUAACCCUAACUCUAGCUUUGAUUCACCUGGUGGAAGCUAACUCAGAGGGAGAUGCUCUCUACGCUCUUCGCCGUAGCUUAUCCGAUCCGGACCGUGUUCUCCAGAGCUGGGAUCCAACUCUUGUUAAUCCCUGUACCUGGUUCCAUGUCACCUGUAACCAAGACAACCGCGUCACUCGUGUGGAUUUGGGUAAUUCAAACCUUUCUGGACAUCUUGCGGCCGAGCUUGGGAGGCUAGAACAUUUGCAAUAUCUAGAGCUUUACAAGAACAACAUCCAAGGAACUAUACCUUCUGACCUUGGAAACCUGAAGAACCUCAUCAGCUUCGAUCUGUAUAACAACAAUCUUACGGGGACAGUUCCAACCUCUUUGGGAAAAUUGAAGUCUCUUGUCUUUCUACGGCUUAAUGACAACCAGUUGACUGGUCCAAUCCCGAGAGCACUCACAGCCAUCCCAAGCCUUAAAGUCGUUGAUGUCUCGAGCAAUGAUUUGUGUGGAACAAUCCCAACAAGUGGACCUUUUGCACACAUUCCUCUGCAGAACUUUGAGAACAACCCACGAUUGGAGGGACCUGAAUUGCUCGGUACCACCCAAAGACUCAGCAGGUCUGUGUAUGUAAAAUUCCUAAAUGCGACGUUCGCUUUACUGUAACAUUUGUAUUGGUAUGGUAUCUAAGUUAUUUGCCUUGUCUGCAUUAAAGCUUUGUGUUGGAAUUGUUUGUUAUAUGAAGUCAAAAAAAAUUGGGUUUUUGUAUUA